AUGGCCUCAACAACCAGGUCUUUGGCUCGCUCUUCGAGGCUUUGGGCCCAUUAUGGGCUGAGCCUACAACCUACCCGGUCCUUCUCGGUCUCCCCUUUUCGAUUCGUCCAAGAGGACCCUGUGAUGCCUCCGCCGCCGAGGAUGCCACGCGCUCAGGACUAUCCGUCAAUGCCUGAAUAUUCUCCUGACCUACUCAGUAAAGAAGACCGAUCCAUGUACGACAUGCUUUCUCCCGAGGAGAGGGAGGCAUUUGAUGCCGAGAACCGCCGCAUGGUAGAGGAAUUCAACGACAUGGACUUGCGCGCGGAGGUGUUUGCCGAGCUCGAUAGGCAGGUCAAUCAGAUCGACAAGCAAGAAGAUAUCCGCUUCGUGGACAUUCGGGAUAAAGCGUCCAAAGGUUUCUGGGGUGACGAUGAAGAGGACGAAUUCGCCCAAGUGGAGGACGGCGACGAGGAAAUCAACGACGACGAAAUUACCUCCAUGGCCCACGCCGAGCUGGAGUUCCAUCGCGAAAUGAGAGAAUACGCACGUAUCACAGCAUGGGAUAUGCCAAUGCUCAGCAAGCUGGCAAAACCCUUCACCCUGCCUCCCGAAACUCAUAUUUUGCGAUUCCGAUACACUACCUACAUGGGUGAAAAACACCCGGCCGAACCCAAAGUUGUGGUCGAGCUCGCUUCCAAGGAUUUAACACCCAAGUAUCUCACCGAAGCUCAGCGCCAAACCUUCUUGAAGUUGGUUGGCACCCGCUACAACCCCCAAACAGAUAUUGUGCGCAUGUCAUGCGAACAAUUUGGCUCUAGUGCUCAAAACAAGCGGUACCUGGCCGACAUCGUAAACUCGCUCAUUAAAGAAGCCAAGGAGGGUGAUGCAUUCGCCGAUGUCCCCUUGGAUCUCCGCCACUUCAAACCGAAGAGCAGCCCCAAAUUCCCCGAAUCCUGGAAGAUGACGGAGGAGCGCCGCAAGCAACUUGCCGCUCGUCGCGAAGAGAGAUACAACGCUGAACGGGAGCGUGCGGCCACUGUUGACGGAGACAAGAUCGUCCGACAGGCCUCUAUCGCCCUUCCGGAGCUCAACCCCGCCCUGAAGGCCCGGGCUACGGAAGAGCGAGAGCGCGUGGCUGUUAAGGCUGGCGCUCGUAGUAAGCGGCCUGCGCCUCUUCGUCGCUAA